AACCACAGUUUGGAAAUCGUAGGUCAGGGACGGUUUUUGUGGUCCUCGCUCAGAAUUUAACCACAUUCGUUCACCUUGAUUUGAAACGCUGCGUUAUAGGAUAGUGUAAGAGGUUGUUUGUGCAGAGAAAGUCUGCAUAUAUAUUGUUGUGAUAUCUUCACUUAUUCUUGGUUCGCCACGGAAACACAUUCAGCUCCUUAUAUAAAGUACGAACAUCGGAGCUGCUUAGGCUACUCUUGCAGACGUGGCCGCUGUUGUCAUGGCGCCGCUGACGUUACUGUUGAUGUUCGUGGUAUUGGCCAGUGGUCAGGGGGUGGAUCUGACUCUGACCGAGAACACUGCCGGACAUGAGGUGGUGGAGGCUGUGGUUGACCGGAUAAGAGCUCAGUGCUUAUUCACGGAUGAUCGAUUCUUACUACGGCGUCUGGCGUUUGUGGAGAGUCAAGAUGGCGAGGCUGCCGACACCUACAGAGUCGACUACCACGGCGGAAUAUGGAAGGUGGACUACGCCAUGUUUGCCAAGACUUCCGCCUGCGCGCACCCUCUGCGGAACCCCUGUGCGCACAUCAAGUCCGCUUUCGGCAUUGACUGGACGCGCGUCUCUUGGAGCGAUCUAAGGAAGCCGCUGUACUCGGGACUGGGCGCCGUUCUCUUCAUACUCUCACUAAACCGCCCGUCUCUACCAGCUGACACGGUGUCACAAGCCCAGUUCUGGUCCACGGACUAUAGAAGGGGGGCCUACAUGAACAGCUACAUCCUGGCGGCACAACAGAUCAGAGAUACAGGCUGUUCCUCUGAGCUGGACCUAGCCUUCGUCUUGGACGGGUCUGGCAGCAUUCACCCUGAUGAGUUUGAGCGGGUCAAAGGCUUCGUCAUCAACGUUGUCCGCGACUUCAACAUCUCGAAACAAGGCGUUCAGGUUGCCGUCGUGGAGUUCAGCAGCCACGUUGGGAAUGUCAUCCACCUUAACAGCUACUCAGACAAGACGUCCCUGAACUACGCCAUCGGUAGAGUCCAGAAGAGCGGCCACACCACCAACACAGCGGCCGCCAUCGACGUUGUGACCUCAUCAAUCUUCACAGCCAAUGAAGGGGCUCGUAUCAACGCCAAGAGAGUGACCGUCCUACUGACCGAUGGCGCCUCGGGCAACCGCCCAGCGACCGUCGCCGCAGCCCAGAAGGCCAAGGACAAGGGGGUCAUCAUGUUCACCGUCGGGGUAGGCAGCGUCAACGACGAGGAACUCAAUAAAGUGGCCAGUCAACCCAGCUGCACACAUUACUACAAACUCAACAACUUCGGCGAGAUCGACCACUUGGUGUAUGAGAUUAAGAAGCGCUCUUGUAGAGCCCCCAAAGUAAUAUCAGCCACGUCCGACGAUGACACGCCCUCCUCAGUGACCACGCCCCUCGGCACGGACACCGUGACAAACACCUUCGUUCUACACCCAAACAACUCAACCUCAGGGUCGGGCACAGACAAAGUCAUUAAAACGGAUGUGGAAUGCGGCAUCCUGAAGAUAUACGCCUCCUACGACACGCCCAACCCCGGCCCAGCCUUCUACAACGUCAAAGCGCAGGUAGUGGACGGGCGACCUUCCAUCAUGAAGGUCAACACCACCAGGGAAGGGAGACCACUCUACGUGACUGUCAUUGGCACCAAGCUCCAGGAGUCGUGCUCCGAUGUGUUGAAGUGCCGAGAUGCCAAGUUCUCGCUCAGUGUGGUGGAUGCCCCUGCCACUUCAGUGGUCAAGGUGGUGUGUCGUACAUGGGAGGGAGAACGACCAUGCACAGAGGCAGACCUGGUCAUCAACGGAUUCCAGACGCCCUCGUGUCCAACGACAACCAGCACCCUGGCCCCCAAGGCUGCUCGCAUAUCUAACCCCUGCAGCAGUGACGUCAUUGCGGCCAGGUUCAGGGUCCAGCCUCAUCCCUUUGACGUCAGCAAGUUCAUCGUCUGUGACGUCAGAGGAAACAUGUACAUCACAGACUGCCCAAACCAAGGUAGUUUUAACCCAUCAUCUCUGACGUGUAACAACGCUGCCAUCUUCUCCCUCGCCGACCCCACCAGCUUCAGCGGCUCAAUUUACGACUACAUCUGUAACGACAUGCUUGUGCCUAGCAAGAUGCACUUCCCGCACCCCGUGGACCAGACACAGUACAUACAGUGCGACCUGCACAGCAUCGCUCACGUCAGGUCAUGCGGACAAGGCACCGUCUACAACGACGACAUUCAAAACUGCGCCAACGUUGGCUCCAGCGCCGUGAAGGUCAAGGUUGUUGGUAAUCCUUGUAAAACCGCACGUGUUGGCUCCCUGCAUGCCCAUUCCGAUCCGAAGAAGUUCAUUCAGUGUACGUCCUCUUCGUACGCCAUCAUGUCGUGCGGGGUAGGUACCCGGUGGGAUGACGUCAUCAAAGCUUGUGAGGCGUGUACCCAGCUGCCCUCAGUAAGGAUGAAGACCAUGUUGUAUCUACUGCUGACUCUGCUCCUGCCCGGGACCCUGGCGUCUCCAGAUGGCGAGGAUCUCACCCUGACUGCGGGGGCUGGCGGGAGCGUCGUCGUCAACGCUGCAGUGGACAGGAUCAGGUCCAACUGCAUCCUCGGGGACGACCGUCUGUUCCUGCGACGUCUGGCUUACGUGGAGACAACAGACGGUGACGAUUCCAAUACGUACAGACCUGGUUAUGACGGCGGGCUCUGGCAGAUAGACGAGGAUAAGUUCUUGGAGACGAAGUCCUGCCCGUCCUCAAUAUCUACCGAAUGUGACUUGAUCAGCUCCACCCUCGAGAUCGACUGGCGCACCACAUCCUGGUCAGACCUGAGGAAGCCUCUGUACUCCGGGCUGGCAGCGGCUCUCUACAUAAAGAAGUAUCACAGUGGCAGCCCUCCCGGUGACGUCACCAGUCAAGCCUCGUUCUGGGCCUCUAACCUCAGACCAGGAGCAUCAGAGAAUGACUUCAUCACUAAAGCUGGAGCAUUGAAAGGCAUCGACUGCAGCACCCAACUUGACCUCGCUUUCAUUCUGGACGGUUCUGGAAGUGUCUCCACAAGUGACUUCAGACGCAUGCUUGACUUCAUCUCUGAUAUUGUCACAGACUUAGACAUCGCAGAAGAUGAAGUAAAAGUUUCCACUGUUGAAUAUGGUUCAAGCGUUGGAGGCAGUAUUCUCUUUGGAGACUUUAUCUCGAAGAACAAUUUGCUAAGCUCUAUAAAUAACAUCAGAAAGAGUGGCGGUGGCACCAACACAGCUUCAGCCAUCCUCCACACUGCAAACGUCCUGUUCAGCAAUACAACAGGUGCCCGGCCAAAUGCCAAGCGUGUGGCGAUCCUUCUCACUGACGGCAUGUCAAACAGUAAAACAGCUACCAUCAGUGCUGCUGAUAAAGCUAAAGACGCAGGUAUCACGAUGAUAUCAGUUGGGAUAGGAAGCAUUGAUGAGUCUGAGCUGAAGGCUGUAGCCACUCAACCUGACUGUACGCACGUCAUCAUCCUCCAGGACUUCACUGAGAUAGACAGUCUCCUGUACCAACUGAAGGACAGCUCCUGUGGGGCACCAACUGUUGUUGACAAGGACAAGCCUAUUAUGACGCCCCUGCCAGUAAAUAUCACAGUGGACGACUCAUUCGUCGUUGAGGAUGAUGACGACCCAGCUAGUCCAGACGGCGAUACUGAUGAAAUUGUUGUUGGCGAGGUUAUUUGUGGCACCCUGGACAUGUACGCCUCCUACCGCACCCCCCGCCCCAGCCCCGCCUUCUACGACUCCAGGGACAGCGCUAGUGAUGGAAAGGCAGGUGUUAUAUACUUCAACAAGGACAUGAAGGGGAGAUCACUCUACAUCACUGUCAUAGCAUCUCGGCUACCGCUGACCAUCGAUCAAAUGCCCUCAUGCAUCAACGCCAGUUUCAGCGUGGGGAUUUCCCAGCUGCCAUCAAAGGUGGAGAUCAUCUGUAGAGAGGGCCUGGUAGAGCGAGAGUGUACAGAGGACGACUUGGAGGACAAUGGCUUCAGCUGUGAUGAAUCAUCUAACGUCAGCAAUCCCUGUUCCCCUGGCAACGUAUGUGACCACGCCCAUCCCUCGGAUACCACCAAGUUCAUCCACUGUGACGUCAAAGGCAACAUGUACGUCACCCAAUGUCCCGGCAAAGCCCAAUACAAUCCUGACACAAUAAGCUGUGGAUCGGAACCAGUAGAGGGUGGAGUAUCAUGUGCCGUAUAUAACCCUUGCACACAGGAAAAUAUUGCCAAUGGUAAGUUCUACUUCCCAUACCCCUCCAACCCCUCCAAGUACAUCCAGUGUGAUGCCUUCGGGAAGUCGUGGAUCAGAGAUUGUCCCAGUGGUCUGGUGUGGAACGCUGCUCUCUACACGUGCUCCUACAACACAGGAUCAGUCCAGGAGCCUGCAGAGGACCCGGUAAAGGAGCCUCCUGUCUAUACCUCCAUUGACCCCCCAGUAGCUGCUACAGCCGACGCCAACCCUUGCAACAGCAACAACAACGGUCAAGUCUUCCCCCACGCGGACCCUACCAAGUACAUCACGUGUGCACACAAUGGCGUAGCCGUGGUUCAGUCGUGUGCCCCGCCCCUUGUGUUUGACGUCAUCGUCAAGACAUGCAACUGGGCUUAGUGUGCAAAACAUUGAUACAUGCUUGAAUAGUCAUUUGUUACAAUGAAUAUUACCAUCAAAAUAAUGUGUCUUUGUUCUUCACGUCCUUUGACGUGUCCAUCUAAUCAUGAGAAUAUGCCCCAGCUGUAUAUGAUAGCAAACUGUAUCAUGAAUAAAUGUACAUGCAUUAUC